CGCUUUCUCGAGAAAUCACGUGACUUGGAAGGUUUGAUACGAGCCCAUCAGCACCUGAAUCAUUGUUGUUGUAGAUUUAGACGCGGUCAGAAGCAACAUCAAUAUGAGGAACAAUACUUUCAUUUUUUGGGUUUUAAUACUCGUGGACGGUGUGUUUGGUGUUGAUACAGAUGGAGUGAAGUCAGUGUCAGUGAUGGAGGGAGAUUCUGUCACUCUACACACUGAUCUUACUGAAAUACAGAGAGAUAAUAAGAUAAUAUGGAAGUUUGAUAAGGAAACCAUAGCUAAAAUUCAUGAAGCAGAGAAAAUUUUUAAUACAUAUGAUGUUCUUGAUGGGAGAUUCAGAGACAGACUGAAGCUGGACCCACAGACCGGAUCACUGACCAUCACAAACAUCACAACUGAACAUGUUGGACUUUAUAGUGUAGACAUCAAGAGCACAGAUGCAAAAUUGAAGACAUUCAAAGUUACUGUCCAUGAUGAAGUGGUGUCAGUGUCAGUGACUGAGGGAGAUUCUGUCACUCUACACACUGGAGUUACUAAAAUACAAAGAGAUGAUCAGAUAGUGUGGAAGUUUGGAGAACAAGGCAGCCUCAUUGCUGACUUAAACGGCCCUGUUGACACAAGCUGGAAAAACAUUCAUCUGAAUGAUCAGACUGGAGACCUCACCAUCAGAAACAUCCAAAUCGAUCAGUCUGGAGAUUAUAAAGUGGAGAUCAACAACAUCAGUAUGAUUUUACACAGAAAAUUCUAUAUGGCUGUUGGUGAAAUGAAGACAGUAUCAGUGAUGGAGGGAGAACCUAGCAUUUUAUACACUGGUCUUAUUGAAAUACAAGGACAUGAUUUGAUAUUGUGGAAGUUUAAAGACGAUGUCAUUGCUGAAAUCAAAAAAGAGACCAAUCGGUUCUUAACACAUGACAACAAUGCUGGUGGGAGAUUCAAAGGCAGACUGCAGCUGCAUUACCAAUCUGGAUCUCUCACCAUCCGUGGCUCCAGAACCACAGACUCUGGUGAUUAUCAUCUACACAUGAGCAGCAGCUCACACACCUUACAGAGAAACAUCAGUGUUUCUGUCACUGAUUCACAUAAUUCAGGUGCUGUAUCAAGGAUAUGUAGUGCCAGUGUUGGUCUGGUGGUUUGGGCUGUAACUGUUUUUUUACUGCAAGAAGUAUGAGUAACCAAGGCAAAUGCGUUUCAUGGAAGAAAAAGUGAAUCAAACUCAGGAUGAGCAUGAAUAAUGAGAAGAAUCAACCUGUAAUAAUCUGUAACAAUGUAAACAUGGGCUUUGCAUGACAUACUAAUCAGUGUAGGGGCUAUAUGUAAGACUUUCUUGUAUUAAUCUUUUUUUAUUGUUAAUGCCAAUGUGUGAACAGAUUGUAAUGAAACUUAAAAACGAUACCUUCCACAACUUCCUAGGUUGUCUAUGAAAGCCUGUAGACUAAUUUUUAUGCAAAAGACAAAAAUCCAAAGGAUGUGACGUUUACACACGCUCCCGAGAGCCUCUCUUCCAUUCUAUGACACAUGAAAUAAAUGUUUAGGACAAUGCUGAAAGAGCUGUUCUGUACUGUAAUGUCAAUGUGUCAUGCAAAAAAAUGGGUUAAUUUAAACUAUAGUCUUAACUUAAUGGCCACUGGUGUAGCUAAUAACAAGGGUUUCUGAAUUUUACUUUUAAAGACAUCCUUAACUCAUCUAGAGUUUCUGGAAGGUUUUUUUUUUUUUUUUUUUUUUUUAAAUGUACAUAUUUUUGACAUAAAUCACGCUUAAUGUAUUUUUUUUUGCCUCAUGCUUGAUUACUAGAACAAAAGGGAAAAUUGUCAACAUUAUAGUCUGACAGUGUUUUCUGUUUUAUGAACUACUGACCUUUUUGUUUCCUAGUCAGAUGUGAAUCUAAAAAUAUGAUCUGAAUUCAAAAUGAUUAUUUGAGACCCAUGUGGACAUGAAUGCAGAUAUACUGCUGUUUUAUAUGAUCUUGUUUGAUCUUUUCUGCACUCUAUGAACAAACACUGAUUCAUAUUUAAAGCUCUUUUAUAAUUAAUCAAAAGAAAAUGUGAUAGUCUUUCUGAAUUUCAUGAAUCCCUGAUUUUUUAAAUUAAUUUUAUUGUGGACUGCAUUUCAUUGCAUACAUUUCCUAAUUUUGUCUUAAAAGUGAAUCCUCAUUUAUAAUUGUUCUGUAUCACAGGUAUUUGUAUUUGUGUUUUGUUUAUAAUUUUUCUGUAUCACGGGUAUUUGUAAAGCUCAUACGCCUAUAUCAUGAGUAAUCUGAAACUGGUGUUUCUUCUUAGUGUAAUCUUAAGAUUAUUUGCAUGGAGAUUUGUGACUGAUCUUAUAGGUGUAAUUUCUGUUCCAUUAAUAUGUUCAUACAGUGCUCAUACAUGGAUAUAUGUGCAAAUACACAAUAAAGCCAAUGGCUAAAACUGA